AUGAUAUUUACUGUACAGCUAGAUAUCUAUUUCAAUGAUUCAUUCGAGUCAGAUGACAAUGUCGAGGAACCUGAGGAACGGAGUAUUAACAAUCCAACUGAACCUCCAAAAGAACACAGCGCUAAACAGCGCUCCCAUCGUCAUGAUCGAAAAUCCUCCAACAAUCAGCAUAGGCCUACGAGACCAUCUGGGGUGCAGCAAAGACGCACUAGACAGUCUCGCAAGUCAGCCCCUAAAUUAAAACUAGGAAACCCGAGCGAAUUUGGCCUCGAAGCAUGGGAAAUCAGCCAGAACCUAAUCGCCCAACUUCGGAGUGAGAAUGAUCAAUUAAAGAGGGAGCUAAAGAAUUGUAGGGUGGAGCUUAAGACGGUGGAACGUCAGUGCAAAGUGCAGAGUGCUAGACUCACCAAGGUAGUUGGACGCGAGGCGGACAUGCCAGGUGUCAUUGACCGUCUGACGGCAGAAGUGCGCUCGCUGCAAAUUCAGUUACGUCGAAAACAUGAGCAGGCCGAAACUGCAGAGAAGAAAGCGUCCGAAAUGGAACACCGACUGCUGCCUCUCCUAGACAGGAGAGAACAUAAGACGACGGGAUCUUCUGUUAGUGGUGACCAGCAGAUGUCGGGAGCAGCUAGUGACGAGGCCGGUAAACACACACAAGCGUUGGAAUCUCUUCAAGCUAUUCUUGAAGAAGAACGGCAGAGCCACAGGGAAAAAACCAAAUUGCUGGAGUUGCAGAACAUCUACAGCCAACGCCUACCAAAAUCUGCACUGACACAUAGUUCAGUGCCGCCAACCGAAGGCAUCAACUCCUACAAUUCUGACCUUGGUAUCCAUCUAGACCGGAACGGGGUUGAAUCCAGAAUGCCCCUGGCUCAAUUCUCGGCUCAUGUCGCACCAGAACGCUGCCCUUGUGCCGAACGUUGCUCCGAAAACCACGCUGAAGGGGCUCUUAGACGGUCUUACAAAGACCGCCGCACAGACAUGACUUACUCUGAGGAAUUGGAGGGCCGUUGUGGUAGAGAGAAGCAUCGCCAACCACGCUAUGGCAGUAAUACAAUCUCCAACAUGGUGGCCAAAAUUAAAGACAGCAAAAGAAGCGGCCUAAGUAGUCUCUUCAGCCGGUCCUGUGCAGCCAUUUCCACCAAUACAUGGGGUGUUAGUGCAAAAAACAAGGAGUCACCACUGAAUCACAGCAGAAAAAAGAAACCAAUGGAAGUGGCUAAAUCGACAGACCCCAUGACGAGCGGUAGAACCCGUGACAGCGCACACAAGCGGCAGAUUAUCCUGUCAAAAAAUGCUGAAAUCGCUGCUUCCUUGGGUCAGCCAAUCCCAAUCCCAGCAAGGAGACAGUGCUUGGCCAAAAUCUCCGGCGGCGCUGCGAAGCAAGGCGCCAGUUCUCCCGAAAGUGAUCGCGAUGUAAGCAAAAUGGGACCUGCAGACAGUGACGACGAAAGGCUCUCAGACCUACAGGACUGCUUCAAUGUACGCUCUCUUGCUUACUUCAUUCAGACACCGGAGGUUGUGGUUGACAACAUCAGUUUGCAGUUAAAUGACAUCUUUGGGCUCUCCAACAUGAAAAAAGCAGACUACGAGAGCUUCUUCAGCCUUGUCGUCUUCUCCGCAUUACACCCAACCCAGGGUCUAAGCACUUAA